GAAAUCGUUGCUCGUUGAUCUCCCUCUUUUAGGAACAGCAUGGCUGAUGUCAAGCAUGGAACAGAAACGCCAAAACAUCUCAUAAUGUCCAGUGAACUGCCCCCGGGUGGUCCAGCGACACUGAACAAACUCCCCAGUAUUAUUGCUGGAGGUCCAGCGUCAGGCCAGGGGUUUAUUCCCACGUUUGCCGACGCUUGCAAACUGGUGUCGGCGCCGUACUCGUGUCUGGUUCUAGACACGCACAGGAGACGCAUCGGCCUGGCGCCCAUGUACAUAAAGAGGAAGAGGACGGGCAUACAGGAGGAGCUGGACACUGAGCUGCUGAAGUACUCCGAGAAAUUGAAAGGGGUUCCUUUGGCAUAUGACCACAUUUCGAUCCUGGGCGCCCAGGGAGACAUCUGUGACGAUAACGGCUACAUCCACAUGGACAUAGCUGCCAGCUUUGUGGUUUUCAACCCCGAACCAGGACAGAAGCUGCUGGGCAUAGUCAAUAAACUGGGGGCAAGCCAUGUUGGCUGCCUGGUGCAUGGCUGCUUCAACGCCAGCAUCCCCAAACCUAACCUGAUCUCCGUGGAUACCUGGCGAGAGAUGGGGCCGAGGAUAGGAGCAGGCCUGGAGUUUGAGGUGAACCAGAUAGACGCCGACCAAGUAGGCGUGUUACUGAUCCGAGGACGGCUAGAGCGGACCAAGGUUCAGGAGAUGCUGGCCAUGGCCGAGUGCAUGGAGUGCAUCGUCACCGACCACCAGACGUCGCCCUCGGCCCCGGAGGCCCCUGAGGAGACGCCCAAGAAAAAGAAGAAGAAGCGAGACAAGCAGCAUGCGGUGCUGACGGAGGGUGAUGUCAGGCAGGAGCCCGACGAGGACGGUGAGGUCAGCAGGGCGGUGAAGCAGGAGAGGGAGCAGGAGGAGGAGUUGACGGCCCCGCGAGGAGGCGACCAACACUUGGACGGAGCCACGGACAGUCCCCCUACAUCUGAGAAAAAGAAGAAGAAGAAGAAGAAGAAAAAGGAUGAGGGUCCGAAGGACGAGGGGCAGGAGCAGGCAGUGACGGUGCCGGAGCAACACGGCAGCGACUCCAGCGGUUACCUUAGCGACAAGCCCAGCAGGAAGAGGAGGCUGGAGAUGGCUGUUGAAAUAAUUCCCUGUCCCAGAGAGGAUCCCCAGAGGCCCAAGUCAAAGAAAAAGAGGAAAUCGGACGCCUAGCAGUUAGCUUGAAAUGUUCUUGAAAAGAAAAUCUAUAAAUGAAGGCGGGAUGCCGGCUAUA